GGGAGACGGUGUUUAGUUUACCAGAGUCGAUCCACACAGUCACCACCGGUUAAUUCUUAAUUAAUCAUUGUUAACUGUUUAUUUAUUGUUUAUUUUUACAAUGCAAUCGGAGUCAUCUACUAGACGUCCUCACCAGUGAACCUUCGAAGACAAAAUAAUAUCAAGGUUGACAUAAUUUCAAGGAUAAACCAGAGUUAAACCUUCAGGGAUAAAAAUCAGAACCUGGAGCAUGAAAUCACAGUUAAAAUUUUGAAGAAUAAACGAAAAUUAUAAUUAAAAUUUUGAAGAACAAACUGAGAUCACAGUUGAAAUUUGGAAGAACAAAGAUCGCAGUUAAAAUUUCAAGGAUAAAUGUGUUUGAUCAUAAAUCAAGGAAAGAAGUGUUCAAGUUUCAAGGACAGUCGACUGGGAUUUUUAGGGUUUUGACAGAUUUUAGAGUUUGGGAGAGUUGGGAUCUUUUGAGGGCUGAAGUUAGGUGGAGUACUUUUGGAGUUUGGACUGCCAAGGUGAAAUGUCCUUCAGGAUGCUGCCAGGAGGGAGGAUUGCUUGUGUGGUGCUGUUUGGAUUGUUAUCUGGUGAGCUGGUGUCCUGUCAGAAGAGUGAUGCUGUGAUUAAUGAACCUGACUUCCAAACUCAUUUUUCGUUUUCAGCCGAGUACAUAUUACCGUGCAAUAGAUCGGAUCCAAAAGUGGAGAUAUGCUUUCAGAAGACGUUGAAUCAUCUGCAGCCAUAUUUGCUGAAAGGUAUUCCCGAGCUGGACCUCCCCCCAAUCGAACCCUUAAUCAUCCCAGAACUCGGAAUGGAAAACGGACAGGGUGCUGUUCGAGUGAGAGCUCUGUUUUCCAAUAUCACGGUUAUAGGAGCGGGAAAUUACUCGAUCAUCAAAACCAGAGUCGAUAUACCUUCGUAUAGAGUCGACCUUCACCUAGCGUUCCCGAAGAUCGAACUUCAAGGUCGAUAUGAAGUUGUGGGAAAUGUUUUACUGUUUCCUAUUCAGAGCCAUGGCGAUUUUUGGGCACUUUUUGGUGACGUACUCGCCAUAGCGCGAAUCCAAGGAGCAGAAGAAAUCCGAGAUGGCGUCCGUUAUCUAAAAGUAGCGAAAAUGUUGGUCGAUUUUAGUCUGGGUCGAGCUCGAUUUCGCGUAGUCGACGAAUUAAACGGAGAAAACGUGAUAGGACAAGCGAUGAAUCAAUUUCUGAAUCAAAACGCUAAAGAAAUCAUCGAAGAAAUGAGACCAGCGGCCAGCGCGAGUAUCGCUAAACACUUCAAGGAUUUCCUGGGGAAGGCUUUAAUCAAGAUUCCAUUGAAAGUUUGGCUUCAUGACACGUAGUUUAUUAGAAGAAGUCUUAAUGGACGAUAUUUUGAGAAACAUAGUUCUGUAAUUAAGUUGUGUUGGACCGAGUGUUCGACGGAUGUUGAGUUGUUUGAGAUUUGUGAUGACUUAACACCUUGAUUGCCAUAAUCAAUCGAUAUAUAACUUCAUUUUUUGAGGAUUUAAUUUAACAUUUUUAUUUUGUAACUUGUAAGUCAUUCAUGUAAAUGUAA